AUGGGUUCUUACGUUGGCCAUGUUCUUCCAGGGUCUAUUUUCAUAAUAUUUGGCCUAUGGUGGUGGUUUAACAUCUUUGCUAAGAUUGCGAAAGCCCAACUAAAUUAUUUCAAAAGACGCUCCCUUGCGCAGCAAGGGUGCACAGAGAAAUUUGACUUAGAACUCGACUUUGAAUCUUCUGUGUGGAUGAAAGUUCCUCUGCCAUGUCUAAGAGAUUUCCCCGCCGAGCCUUGUUUGAAAGUUAUAGGAUGCACCGUAGGAAUCAUUGCGGAGCUGUCGAGAGGCGAAUGGAGCCUUCUAGACAGUCAUGGGCAUUUUUCGCACCUAAACAACUUCGGUCACGCGACAAUGUAUGGUAGUUUUCUGUUGGCUGCCAUGGCAGAAAUUCUUCGCCAUUACAACAUCUUAUUUUUGCCUCCAACAACAGAUUAUGUUAUGUUUUCUAUGGCUUUUUUCCUGGUCGGGGAGUUGUUUUAUUUCCACGUCGAAGGUCGCAACGAUCUAGAACAAAAGGUACAUAUUCCGCUGUACACCGUUGCAUUUUCCAUUGCUUUUAUCAUAAUGCUGGAAGCGUGGCAACGCAAGAGUCUUAUCUUGUGUAUGGUGCGCUCAUUUCUCGUCGUUCUUCUCGGUGCCUGGUUCUUUCAGGUCGCUCAUGUGUUGUACGGGUCUCAUCCUUGGCAAGAUAUAAGUUCAAACCACGCAUUCGUCGCGAUUGUUUUUUCGUGGCACAUACUGGGCUUGCUGGCGUUUUUACUCGUCAAUCUUGUUGUAAUCGGGGUCGUAAUGUUUGCGUUCAGAAAAGCAACAGGAUGGUCGGUAGUCCUUAACCCUUCAGGAUGUCAAGAGAAAAGCGAACUUCACAGUUUGAUGAAUACAGAACAUGAUAACGAAGACGCGUAG